UUUAACCUGUUUGUGAUUGUUUGAAAAGAGUUGUAAAAUAUUUAUUUCCUGGUUGAUGUAAAAAAGCCCGCCUCGGCCGUAAAUAACUGGGUUGGUGUACUUUUUGGAAGCUCGGAAUAUCAACUAUUAGUAGUACCUGAGGGAAAGGACUUUUAAGAUGGGCCCAACAAAGAUGACGCCGGAGGACCAACAGUUCAACAUAGCGUUUGUGGCGGAGGUAAAAAAGCAUCCGUGUCUCUUCGACAGCAACAGCACCGAAUAUAAACAAGCGCAGGUCCAGGAUAAAGCCUGGCAAGCUGUCUCCGGGAAUGUAAACGAAAGUGUUGAUAUGUGUAAAAAGCGUUGGAGAAAUUUGAGGUGCUGUAUGACGAGAUAUUUAAAGUCCGUUCGCGAUAGUGUCGACAAUGGAGCAAAUCUCAGAAGAAAGCCCUAUUAUUUGUACAAUCAUAUGCAGUUUGUGGUUCCAUAUCUGAAGAUGAAAGACGGCGAAGGGGCUAACUACGAGUCGGAAGAUUCUGUUUGGAUUAAGAGCAGCAACAGCACAGAUAUCUUAAAACAGGACGAUGAAGAGGAGGAGCAUGAAAUAGAAACUAUCGAUGUCCAUGAGGAAGAUCAUCAGCAGAUAAAGCAGAGUAUCAUACAGUCGAUUAAAAUCCUCCCUAUGAGUCAGGAACAGUCGCAAGAAACGACGACAACAUACGAAAUUAUCGAAGCUACACCCUCUAAACAGCCCCGCAUCGAAUCAGUACAUCAGGUCGCGGUCGGAACACCCACAACAAGCUCCCAGCAGCUCAUAAAACAGAAAGAUCAGUCCGGCAUUAAGCAUUACACUUAUACUACGGUCAGUGCGCCACAAUCCAACACAACUCCACUCUACAGUAGCACUCCGGCAGCACCUGUUCAGCAUCAACAGCAGGUUGCCACCUCCAGUUCGAACAUCCAGCGGCAGCAAACCACCCAGCCGCAGCAGAUAUCCUUGAACGCUGCCAACGAUGCCGACAGCAACUUCUUCAAAAGUCUCAUUCCCGAUAUCCAAUCGAUGAACAUGGAUCAAAAGCGGAAGCUGAAAAUUGGCAUUUUGCGGCUAAUUGACGAAAUACUAAGCACAACGUAAAGUGUCUCGUCCCACAUCCACGGAUAGAAAAAUUAAGACAAAAAUGGUGUAUUUUUUUGUUUAUUUUAAUGGAAAGUCUGCUUUAGGAGGAUUCAAAAAAAGCGUUUCUUCUCAAUCUUCUAAAGAGGGAAACAAAUGAUUGAGCUUUGCUUUUUUGUUAUGUAUAUUAUAUAUAUUUCUAUGGUACAAAAAUACAAGUUUCCUCUAUUCAAAGAUAUAGCUCGCAAUUCCUGUGUGUAGCACAAAAAAGUUCUAAUUAGGAUUUUUUUUGUUCCGAACAUCGGUACAAAUAAAAAAAAUAUAUCGGAGGUUGGCGAACUAUGAUUCAAUUCGUAAAGUUUUAUUUUGCUCGACAGAAAUGAAAAGUCGAGGGAAAGAUAUUGGUUUGCACCGUAACAACCUGAUGCUCGUUGGUCUUUGGUUUUGUAUUUACGGAAUCAUACGGAAUAAGACCCUGUAAUUUUUUUGGGGUAUAUUCUCGAAUAUAUUGAAAAUCGAUUUUUAACCUCCUGAAACAGGCUUCUCCAUUAGAAAAGGGCCUUUUUCGUUCGCGAAAUAUGUGAUGCCUAUUCCGGGAUGUUUGUUUUCAAUGAACCGUACCUUUAGUAAGUUUUUAAUACUGUGUUAGCAUUAAAGUAUAUAGAAGUAGGACUUUAUUUUGAAUUAAUCAAACUAACUGUAAAAUAUUUCUGUCAGUUUAUAA